UCUUGUUGUAUCGAGAUUGGAAGAAUAUUAUAAAGCAAGACUAUUCGAUUUAAGCAGCAACGCAUGGACUUCCUUUAGUAUCGCACUGUGGUACUAUGGAUUCACAAAAAUUCAAGGCCACCACAGAUUGUUGGCGGCUGCUAUGGUGGUAGAGAAGUAUUACAAAGAUACUAUAAGAGCUGAAUUACUGAGAAGGAGAGCGCAGGACUUAUCAACUUUAUUUGAGAAAUUGUUCUGGAAUGAAGAGAAAGGAUACUUUGUCCAAGUCAUUUGGCAGGACAACAAAAAGCAGAAAGUGAUCGUCGACACAUUGACUGCAACUAUCGCGUUCAGUGACAUUGUAACCGAUCAAAUAAAGAUAAAAAACACUUUGAUAACAUCAGAAAGUUCAACACCAAACUUGAAUACGGCAUUGCAAUAUAUCCACAAGACUCAAACUUUUAUUCUCCAAAGUGGAACAAUGAAAGGAAAAGAAGUUGGUGAAGCAACCCCACUAUGGGGAGAAGCUGUAUACUAA